AGCAGCCAUGACGCUGGAGUCCAUGAUGGCCUGUUGCCUCAGCGACGAGGUGAAAGAGUCGAAGCGCAUCAACGCCGAGAUCGAGAAGCAGCUGCGGAGGGACAAGCGCGACGCCCGCCGGGAGCUCAAGCUGCUCCUGCUCGGCACGGGAGAAAGUGGGAAAAGCACCUUCAUUAAACAGAUGCGGAUAAUCCACGGCUCGGGCUACUCUGAAGAGGAUAAAAAGGGUUUCACCAAGCUGGUGUACCAGAAUAUCUUCACUGCCAUGCAGUCAAUGAUCAGGGCUAUGGAGACCUUAAAGAUCCUAUACAAAUAUGAGCAAAAUAAGGCCAAUGCACUACUGAUCCGAAAAGUGGAUGUAGAAAAGGUUUCGUCCUUUGAACAACCCUACGUAAGUGCAAUUAAGACAUUGUGGAAUGACCCAGGAAUCCAAGAAUGUUAUGACCGGCGGCGAGAAUACCAGCUCUCUGACUCCGCUAAAUACUACCUUACUGAUGUGGAUCGUAUUGCCACCCCAGGGUACCUCCCAACCCAACAAGACGUCCUGCGGGUCAGAGUCCCAACCACUGGGAUCAUAGAAUACCCCUUUGAUCUCGAGAACAUUAUAUUCAGAAUGGUGGAUGUUGGAGGGCAAAGGUCAGAAAGGAGGAAGUGGAUACACUGCUUUGAAAAUGUAACUUCCAUCAUGUUCUUAGUAGCUCUUAGUGAAUACGACCAAGUCCUGGUGGAAUCCGACAACGAGAACCGCAUGGAGGAGAGCAAAGCCCUUUUCCGGACCAUCAUCACCUACCCCUGGUUCCAGAACUCCUCUGUCAUCCUCUUUCUCAAUAAGAAAGAUCUCUUGGAAGACAAGAUCAUGUACUCUCACCUGGUGGAUUAUUUUCCAGAGUUUGAUGGCCCCCAGAGAGAUGCGCAAGCAGCCCGGGAAUUCAUCCUCAAAAUGUUUGUGGAUCUCAACCCCGACAGCGAUAAAAUUAUCUACUCUCACUUCACCUGUGCCACAGAUACGGAAAACAUCCGGUUCGUCUUUGCCGCCGUCAAGGACACCAUCCUGCAACUCAACUUGAAGGAAUACAACCUAGUCUGACCUUGAAUUUAAAUCUGUCCUCUUCUCCCACCCUCCCACCUGCCCCUCCCUCAGUCUCCUUGGGGGAGACCUUUUGUCCUGAAGAAAAGUAAGACAAACAGAUCCCGUGAAUUUAAACCAACAGGAAAACAAAUCUUGAUUAUUAUUUUUUUUUAAAAAAAUGAUGUAAUGAUUGCAAAUUGUCUGAUCUGUGGAGUGGCAAAAGUUUUUUUGUUUGUUUGGUUUUUUUUUUCUUGUUCUUUUUUAAGCACACCGUUACCUUCGGUCUCGUGUCUGCCCCACAGAAUAGCUGAUUUUUUUUUUUAAAUUGCUUUUAUUUCACAGUAUAAAAACAGCGAGGGACACGUUUCACUCUUUCUCUCUCUCUGUCUCUCUGGCACCUUGUUAAUUUCCUACUUUGUUGCCAGCAGUCAGCGCAGUUUCCUCUCACACGUUGUACAGUUGCAUUUAGUACAUUCUUUUUCCUGUCUGAUCUGGCGAUACAAACGUAUCCCAGACUUAUCAAGCCAAAACAAUGAGCUUAUCCAGCUGUGGGAGUAUGAAAUGCAGCUAGGACCUUCAGCUUGUGCCAUAUAAUGCCUCUGGUGUAACUCCUGCCCCCUCCCCCCCAAUACAUCUUGACUGUAAGGAUAUGUGCGAAAAGGGUUUAUCUAGAUGACACCGUAAGAGAAAAAACCCAGUUUAUUUUGCGGUAGCGCAAAACAAGCGGUCCUUCGGUCCGCGGGUUUCUUUGUUCCGUUUUUACUCUGGCUUUUGUGUUCUUCCCCUCUCCCAAUUACGAAAGUUCUAUUGAGACUGUGAUUUAUUAUUUUUUUUUAAAUUAUUGUUCUACACAUAGUUUGCUACCUGUGCUAUACUUUUUUUUUUUUUGUCCGUUGACUACCAACCAAGCAAUAGCUACUAUCAAGCCUGAGGGAAGUGCCUGAUUGCGGGUUUUUUUCCCCC